CAGGCGGAGGGCGUGGCUAUGCUGAGGAGGCCGGCUGGCGGGUAAAGGAAGAAGAGGCUGCGUUCACUUCCAGUCAUUUAAUCACGACUCACGACCUCAACAGCAGCACUCGCGCGACCGAGACGUCUUGACGGCGGCUAGGGCGAUGUGAGUGGCGGGCUGCGAAUAAAGCAGAGCUUCUCUUCUUCGUCCUCUGAUUUCUACAACCAUCUCUCUCACACCGCUGAACUCGCCGCCGCCGCCGCCAGUAUGUCGGUGUUAGCCCUCCAAGAGUACGAGUUCGAACGGCAGUUUAACGAGGAGGAGGCCAUCCGAUGGAUGCAGGAGAACUGGAAGAAGUCCUUCCUUUUCUCCGCCCUCUACGCCGCCUGCAUCCUUGGCGGCCGUCAUGUCAUGAAGCAACGGGAAAAGUUUGAGCUGAGGAAGCCUCUGGUCCUCUGGUCCCUCACACUCGCCGUUUUCAGUAUAUUUGGCGCUGUCCGCACUGGAAGUUACAUGACGUAUAUCCUCAUGUCCAAAGGGCUAAAACAGUCGGUUUGUGACCAGAGCUUUUACAACGGUCCCGUCAGCAAGUUCUGGGCAUACGCAUUUGUGCUAAGCAAAGCACCGGAACUGGGUGACACGCUGUUCAUCGUGCUAAGGAAGCAGAAGCUGAUUUUCUUGCACUGGUAUCACCACAUCACCGUGCUGCUGUACUCUUGGUAUUCGUACAAGGACAUGGUAGCCGGCGGGGGCUGGUUCAUGACCAUGAACUACCUGGUGCAUGCCGUCAUGUACUCUUACUACGCGCUGCGGGCGGCCGGCUUCAAAGUGUCACGCAACUUUGCCAUGUUCAUCACGCUGACGCAGAUCACCCAGAUGCUGAUGGGCUGCGUGGUCAACUACCUGGUGUACUCGUGGAUGCAGCGAGGCCAUGAGUGCCCGUCGCACAUGCAUAACAUUGUUUGGUCAUCGCUCAUGUACCUCAGCUACUUUGUGCUCUUUGUGCAGUUCUUUUGGGGGGCCUACAUGGGCAAGACCAAAACGACCGCUGCUGUGAAAAAGACUGAGUAGAAAAAGAAAUGGAAUAAAAUGAGAACUGAUGGCGGGAUGAUAGGUGGACCACCAUGAUGAAGCCAUUCCAAGAUGAAGUUUAAUGAAAUAAAGUUCCUCUUUUAGUACUCCCAAACCACAUGAUAAAAAAUGGCCACAAACAUGUGUUUACUUGACUUUUUAAAGUGCUACAUAUGCAGGGUUGUUUUUGUCUCAUCUCUGUGCGUGUGUGUUGUUUUGUUCUUAUGUCAAUACAAAUAAAAGUUACUUUUCACCUUUUUCUCAA